AAUAAUUAAGUAGCUCUCUUAUUCACACACUGCAAAAGGCUGCAUAGCUUCCACGUGCAGAGCAGAAACCUCUCUACUAAAAGGAGAGCAGAUACUCGGUGCACCUGGAAAAGCCCAUCCCUCUGUGAAUCAGAUGAGGCCAUUAGCAGUUACCUGUUUCAGGAUACACAUCUUCCUUUGGAGAAGCACACAAGAGAUGAAGCAUGUCUCUGCUGCCGUGGUGGUAGCUCGGCCUUCACUUGUAGCAUUUAUUACUGGUUGGGUGACUAUAUUGUUUGCUUCUGCCCUCAGAGGCUCAGGGCUCAGAAAUGAGGCUCAGAACUGGGCAAAACGCCAGCCUAUUCCCAGAGAAGCUUACGUCAUUGCUAAUUCACUGGUGCCAGAGACCGUGCUGGAAACCUGAGGUUGCUUUUGCCAUUAAUUGCCCAGAUGAUUAAUUCAUACAAUGAUAUCAUUUUCCUGGAUGGAGGUUAGGAGGUUAUGUACACUAAUAACGAGAGGCGUGAUGGGAUGCAAAACUUGUGCUCAUUAUUGUUCAGGCUAAUUGUAACAAACUAGCCUCUGUGUCCUCCACAGCACACUGUUCUCAAUCAUGUUCCAACCAUUUUUAUCUGGCUCUCUCCAUUCCCCUUAUUUUACUUCUUUUUCUGGGAGGUGGGGGGGUGCUGUGUGAACAAGGGAAGGGCUCUUAACUGGAUUUGUAGAGUUACAAAUUCUACUCUAGCACACUGAAACACAGUGGCCUCAGCUUUGACAGCUCCUCUAUAGUAAGGAUUGUUGCUUUAAACUUAGUAUUUAAAUCAAGCUUUUCCCACCUUAUAAAUCUCAUUCCACAUUCCCAAGAUUCCUUGUAUGUAUGCCAUUUACAUAGCACAUUCCAGCAAAGAAAAACAAGCAAACAAAUAAAACCCAACCAACAACGACAAACCAUGUGAAACAGGUAUCCUCCUUUAAAGGAAAUGAAGGGAGGAAGAAAGGAAGAAAAGGAAAGACAGGAAGGAAGGAAAGAAAGGAAGGAACGAAGGAAGGAAGGGAGAAAAAGAAGGAAAUAAAAGAAGGAAGGAAAAAGAAAGGGAAAAGAAGGAAAGGAAGGAAGGAAAAAGAAAGGGAAAAGAAGGAAAGGAAGGAAGGAAAAAGAAAGGGAAAAGAAGGAAAGGAAGAAAGGAAAAAGAAGGGGGAAAGAAGGAAAAGAAGGAAAGGAAGAAAGAAAAAAGAAAGGGGAAAGAAGGAAAGGAAGGAAGGAAGGAAGGAAAAAGAAAGGGAAAAGAAGGAAAGAAAAAGAAAGGAGAAAGAAGGAAAGACAGAAAAGAAGGAAAGAAAGGAAGAAAGGUAAAAGGACAAAAGAAAGGAAGGAAGGGGAAAGGAGGAAAGAAAAUAAGGAAGGGAAGAAAGAAAGGAAGGGGAAAGAAGGAAAGAAAAGAAGGAAGAAAAAGGGAAAGGAAGAAAGGGAAAAGAAGACGAAAUAGGGAAAAGAAGGAAAGAAAGGAUGGGGAAAAGAAAGGGAAAAGAAGGAGAAAAAAGAAGGAAGGAGGGAAAAGGAAAAAAGAAAGAGGAAAGGAAGGGAAAAGAUAAAAACCCAAAGGUUCUUACUGCGCAGUACCUGGUGUAUUGUAUUGUGGAUAUCCCCUUGAGAGGAUGCUGCACAGUUUGUAGGGGUGUGGGAUCACUUUUUAGUCACUCUGGAAAUUCUGCUGAUGUCAAAGGUUUGCAGUAAACACUUCAGGAUUUUUUUGUUGGUUUGUUUUAGUUUUAGGCUAGAAAUCCUUUCCCCACUACUUUAAUAGCUAAGCAUACAAGCCCAGAAUUCCCAAGUGGGCAUAACAAAUUACUGCCCUGCCCUGGAGACAAUUAAUAGCUGAUAAUGGUGAAGCAACUUGAUCUGAUAAUCUAUUGAUAGGUGACUCUGCUAAUUUGAAAUGUCAAACAAAACACCCAGGGCAGUUUCUUUCAAACAAUGUCACUGCUCUGCCUCAUGUAUCCCUUCUCUUUGCUCACUCCAGUGUUUCUCUUCUCCCCUCAGGCCUCUGUGUUUUCAGCUGGCUUGAGUCCCUAGAGGUGUACAAAAGUCCUGGAUCAUAAGUUUUCAAACAGAGUUGGAGAGAAAGAAACCAUAGCUGAAGAACUAAGGCGUAUUUCUCCAGCAGGAUCUCGAGGAGGGAAAGCCUGCCUACCUGGACUGCAAGCACAUACCCUAAACUCACAUAGAAACAUUUGCUGGGACUGCUGACACUGUUGUUCAGCCUUGCUCUUGCUCAGAAGUUUCCCACGCAGCUGCAACCAUGAAUUUCCUCCGGCGGCGUCUCUCGGACAGUAGUUUUGUGGCGAAUUUGCCCAAUGGCUACAUGAUGGACUUGCAGCGCCCUGACAGCUCCACGAGCUCCCCGGUUUCUCCUGCUACAGAGAGAAAGCAUCCACAGCCACCACAGCCCUUGCACUCUUCCUCUACUGGCACCAGCAUCUUCAGCUCCAUCUCUAGUGCCAUGAAGCAAACCACGCAAGCGGCUGCAGGACUCAUUGAUCACUCAACCAGCCCCACACCUGUGGCCCAGAAACCCAAGAUCCUCCUGGUGAUCGAUGAUGCGCACACAGACUGGGCCAAAUAUUUUCAGGGGAAGAAGGUGAAUGGAGAAUUUGAUAUCCGAGUGGAACAGGCUGAGUUCUCCGAGCUGAACCUAGCUGCUUAUGUCACGGGAGGCUGCAUGGUGGACAUGCAGGUCAUGAGGAACGGCUCUAAGGUGGUAAGGUCCUUCAAGCCAGACUUUGUCCUGAUCCGGCAGCAUGCUUACAGCAUGGCUCUGGGAGAGGACUUCCGCAGCCUCAUCAUUGGCCUGCAGUAUGGUGGCAUCCACACGGUCAACUCCCUUUAUUCCAUCUACAACUUCUGCAGCAAGCCCUGGGUGUUUUCUCAGCUCAUUAAAAUCUUCAACUCGCUGGGUCCUGAGAAGUUCCCUCUUGUUGAACAAACGUUCUUCCCAAGCCAUAAGCAGAUGCUCACAACUCCAAAUUUCCCUGUAGUGGUCAAGCUGGGACAUGCUCAUGCUGGAAUGGGGAAGGUCAAAGUUGAGAACCAGCAUGACUUCCGGGACAUGGCCAGCAUAGUAGCCAUGGCAAAAACAUAUGCCACCACCGAGCCCUUCAUUGACUCCAAGUACGACAUCCGAAUCCAGAAAAUCGGCAGCAACUACAAGGCUUACAUGAGGACGUCCAUCUCUGGGAACUGGAAGGCAAACACAGGUUCUGCGAUGCUCGAACAGAUUGCGAUGACAGAGAGGUACAGACUCUGGGCAGACGCCUGUGCAGAAAUGUUUGGAGGUCUUGACAUCUGCGCUGUCAAAGCUGUCCACAGUAAAGAUGGAAAAGACUAUAUCAUUGAGGUGAUGGACAGCUCAAUGCCCCUUAUUGGAGAGCAUGUGGAAGAGGAUAGACAGCUUAUAGCUGAUUUGGUUGUUUCCAAGAUGACCCAACUUGCCAUCACUGCUGGAUCUACACCGUCACCACUGAGGCCUUGGCCUCCCCAAGUUCAGCCUGCAUCAGUGAAAUCUCAGACUGGACCUCAUCUUGGACAACUGUCCCAACCACGGCCUCCUCCCCAAGGUGGACCACGCCAGCCCCAGGGAUCUCAACCUCCACGGACAAAUGCACCCCCACAGCAGCGGCUCUCUCCCCAAGGACAGCAGCCCCAGAGUCCCCAGUCCACUUCACCUCAGCAGCAAAGGUCCCCUGGAUCUCCACAGCAAGUCCGAUCAGCAACUGGAUCCUCUCCAGUCCAAGCUUCCAAGGCAGGCGUUUUCCCUCCACAGCAACCUAGACCUCCUGCUCAAGGCCGAGCUCCUAACCAGCCAAGCCCCACUGAAACACCCAAGCAGCAAGCCACUCCACCCCCACAUCUGAACAAAUCGCAGUCCCUGACAAACACAUUCAGCAUAUCUGAGUCAUCUCAGCGGGGAAAUGCCAACGAGGAUGAAGCAAAAGCAGAGACCAUCCGCAACCUGAGGAAAUCAUUUGCUAGCCUGUUUUCUGAUUAACAGCCCUGCAGCUGGAUCUGUGCUUUUGCCAGGCCUCACUCGUCCCAUCAACAUAACUUAUGUCAUCCUGGAAUACUCCCAGUGGUACCCAGAGAUUUAUAAUUAACACCUGGGUAAAGAGAAUUCAGAAAAUUAUAGUUGUUUUAAUAGACAGAAAAUAUUCUAGUAACAGUCUGAAAACUGACUGUAUAAAAGUGGCACUAUUUUGUUGGGGUUUGUGCAUCAUCAGAGUCACAUCUAUUCAAAUGACUGAGUUGUAAAGCAAAUUUUACUCUUGCUAACCCCUGUGGAGUCAACAGUUACAACAGUGUAAAAUAGAAUUCGUUUUGAUUUGUAGAUGGUCAGUACAACUGCUAACUUCCAGUUACUGAUUCCUCAUUGAGACUGAGCUAAACAAAAUAGAGGUACGUUUCAGAAACACAUGUGCAAAGACAGAGUGAAGAAUAAGUAUUCGUUGACUGACAAAGUGAGCAUGUCUGAGCAUGGAAACACAGUGAACUCUGGAACUUCACGAUACCAACCCUGUAAGAAGUCACUUUUCAGAGCAAAACUACAUUCGAAUUAAAUAUAGUACCGGGCAUUAGCAAGCACCAAAGAUCACAUGAGCAGGCCAUCCAGAUGGACUGCUAGUUUAUUCCAGAUCACUCUGCUCACAGCAGGUAAAACACCCCAUUUCAUGCCUUGUAUUUACGUCCCAUGCACACAAUUCCUGAGUUCUGAGAGAAAAAUAUCAUGUUCUAACCCUGUAGCCUUAGCUCAAAAAUAACCUGAGAAACGAGCCUUCCACAGGAAAAAAAACUUAUUCCCCUGCCCCUGGAAACAGCAGAGUUCAUGGUCACAGUUCACACAAAUUCCAGAUAAAACCUAGCUAAACUCCAAGCACUUUGGUGACUUGAUCACAUCUGGCUAAGUAUGUCCCCCAGGAACAUGCUUAAUUAAUAGCAGAGCUGAUGAAGUGCACACAGACUUGUGCGCUGAGUGUUCCAUAACACCAAGUGGACAGAGAGAUGGAGCAAAAUCCUGUCUUCCUUCUAGAACUCCCAUGGACUUUCACUGGGGUGAGUGCCAAAUGAAGGCAAGCUGGCAAAGCUGCAAAAGAACAACAGAACUACCCUGUACAAAUGGGAGACACUAACCGUGGACACUGAACCAUGGAAGGGUACAUAUGGGAUUGUCCCAAGCAAGUAAUGACCAGUAUCAGUCCUCCCCAAGCACCCCCAAGAAUUACUAUUCCAGAGAAGACAGGGAUGGAUCUUUGCCACAUGUGCUUUUUCUCUAAGCCUGCAACACAGAGUGAAGCUUGCACAGGGGCAUGGCAAAACCCAGGAAUGACACAAGCUGCAUCCACUAUUGAAAUAAUCAUCCUGGAUAUAUCAGUCUCUCUGUGGCUAUUUCUGCCAGCUGAAAACCUCUGCCUCUUCCACUCUGCUAGUUCUGUUUAUAAAACACUUAAUGCUGGCACCAGUUCCUAUCCCACCUCCUCCACUUCAAGUUUUCUCAAGUACUUCAGUCACAAGCCAAGCAUAUAGCUUCAAGGCAGACUUUUGGGUUUGUGCUUCCCUUUGCAACUUCACCUUGAAGACACUUAAGAAUGCCCAAGGAGGCAGGCAGAGAGGUCAGUAAUAUUUGAGUCAAUAGCACAGAUCUCUGCUGUCACUCAGGCAGAUCACAGGAUCACAGCAUGUCAGGGGUGGGAAGAGACCAAAGAGAUCACCAAGUCCAACCUCCAACCUCAGAUCCACAAAGCAGCAAAAGCAACAGCAGCAUCUGCCAUCUUAGGUCUCAUGGUUCACUGAUGGGAAUGAAGCCCAGUAUAGAAUUCCUUCCUGUAUAGCACCUGUAAUGAGUUUCUAAAUCCAAUGCAGUCAUCUGGGCCUUGUAAGACCUACCCUUGAGCAGGCCAUUACACAUACAAUGGCUUUUGUGACCUGUGCACUUCCAGGCAAGUAACAGCACAGCUUUUCCAGGUUGGAAGGCUCUCAAGAGACUCAUCUGGAUCAAUGAUUUAUACCUCAAGUUCAGUAUUACAGAACCACCUUAUUCCCUGAUGAUUUAUCUUCUCUCAGUUCUCUAUUGUCCUUCCAGGUCUGCUAAACAGUUUACAAUGUAGCAUCAUAAAUACAUGACAUACAGAAGAAAAACAGCCCCUGCUGUUUUGCAGUCUCCAGAAGCAAUAAAAGAGUGACAAACGGCUCUGAGCAAGCACUGUCCCACUGGCAAAAACAAGAGCAGAUUAACAGGCUCCACUAUAUGGAGAGGAGGCAAUACAACCCUAGUGGGAGAGGAUUUCCUUCUCUAACACUUCCCUCAGCAUGGUUUAUGCCUUUCUCAACUAAACGGUCACUAGAGAUGCAUAGACAGAAGUUUACUGCCCGAAUCCUCAAUUGCUCUAGCCUCUGAAUCUUUUUACAUCUCUCUUACUAGCACAACCUAUAAAAACCCCUAAGUACCUAGUGACUGCUAAGGGAAGGCCCCAUAAAUCAACCUCGGCUCAUCACAGAAACCACACCAGUUGGAUCUUUUGCUGAUGCUGCAUUUGAACACAGCAGGGCUGUUAUCCAGUGGACCACAGUAACAGGAUAGCAGUGUUGACUCGAUAUCCAGCAGUGACUUAGAUCUCAUUUGCCUGUAAGGUCCCAGCUGUCAUCUUUCAAGGGACAAGCAAAGAGCAUGGCACCUCCUCUCUUCCUAGCUCCAGCUUCCAAAAAAACAAGUAAAAGCAACAGGCACUCUUAGCUGAAUUUGGUUACUCUUUUAGUUCCCAAAAAGCAUCUUCAGUUCUACCUCCAGAAGUGCUUUAAUAAGAACAGAUUUUAUUCACCAAGUUAAAGUGAUGAAGCUCUGUAUUGUGUCCUAUACAUGUUCCACAGUACACGUUGUGGGUAACAGGAGAUGUACAAAUGCAUCACCAUCUAUUCAAGUUACGACAUUUGAUGCAGGGUUUCUAUUCCAGAGAAUAGAAACAAGAGAGUGGGAAUACACAGGGCAUACUCUUCACUUUUGUGAAUGGGGAACUAAGGUAUACCAAAGAAGUACUUCAGCCCCUAAAUAUAAUAGCUGGAGUUAGGGACAGUAAAAAGAAACAGAGAAGUUGGUGACUAUGUUGCACUGAAAUCACAGGGCAGAUGUGCCAUACAUCACACCUUGGGAUCCCUCUCACAGCUGUGAAAACUGAGCACCUGGUCAGAGCUUCCAUUUUGUCCUGCAUGCUUUAAUUUUCUUCACAUGGAAGCCAGGAAACAUGAGUACACUUAUGUUUGGAUCCAGCCCCAAAAGAAUGCUGGGACACACUUAAGACACCCACUCAUACCCACCACCUGGAGAGCUAGUUUGCAUUCUGCUUUUGGCUGAGAGACACUGUGACUUUCUUCUAAUAUCUAGAUGGUGUUCCAAAAUGAAUGUCAUUAUGUUCCCAUGCAACUGGAAGUUUUAUACAAAGCUAAAAUUGAGAAGAGUAUCACCCCUGCUCAUAACUGCAGCAGUGUUUUCUUCUCUUUCACUUAUCACAGGCAGGUAUGUAAGACCUUACACCCUGCACCUGACCACAUUACUUCAUCUAAUUGGUUUGGGUUUCACAGGUAAGAUGAAACAAUGAAUAAAAAAGCCAAGAGUUACCUGCUUCAAAACAACUGUUAGAAGCAAGUCUUAGAGAGUGCUACGUAAGAACAGUACAGAGAAGAAGUACAGUACAAAGACAGUAAGCAGAUAUUUGAAAACUGUUUCCUCUUUUUUCUCUUCUACUGUUACACUCUCAGUCUUGAGACAGUCACUUCAUAUUUCAUAUCCCACUUUAUGAAUAAAGGGAACUCCUCUUUAAGGAACUUAGCAGAUCAGGGUAACUCGGGUUCCUCUAUCUUUGGCUCACAAUACCUUCACUACAACGUGAAUGAAAAAUGAAGAGGGUUCAGGUCACUUAGCAGUUGACUGCAAAAAAGGUUGUUAAUUUCUUCAACAACAAACAUUCAAAUGAUACUGAAAGGAAACUGCUGUCACCAGACUCUACAAAUGCACUCAAAGGUGUUUGAAUACAUCAGGACUCGCACUGGUAUGCCCUUGCUGCUAAGUAGAAAAGAAAGAAGCAUUGCAAGUUUUGACAGCAAAAUAUUGUAUUUUACUUCCACUGGAGUUAAUAGCAGAACUUCCUGACCCUACUGAAGUCAGCUGAUUUUAUACAAAAGAAGAAGAUGAAUCACUGAAAAAGCAUCUAAGUAUUACUGAUAUAGCUCGCGUUCAACAGGAAAUGUCACUGCAUUUCCACUGGUGGAAUGUCAAGACUUCAGAAAACAUUAUCAGCAGUCACAACAGCCAUCAGUACCAUCUGCUUUUGCAGAAACACUGAAAUCAACCCAUUUUAUAAAAGGAUCUAAGAAAUUUAAAGUUCUAGCAGUUUCGUCAUUCUAGUCUUCCUUUCACUGAGCUCCAGCAUCAGCCUGCACAUCUCAUCAAGACACUCUUAACAGUGAUCUUGUUAGUCACUCAUUUGUUAGUAAGACACUUAAAAGGUGCUCAUAACAUGCUACAACGCAUUUCCUCUUGGCAAGGUGUAUUUUGAUACCUAAGUAAUGGAAUUAAUACAGCAGUAAAGUGAAAAAUCAUUCUGCUUCUCCUGCUAUGAACCCAUUUCCACUGCAACCAGCUGAGCUUAUUUAGUUACUUCAAUUAGGCAGGAGAAAACAUUUAUUUCUGCACCACUUUUAGUUCACACACAGCAAAGAGAGCCACGUACUAAAACUCUUUAUUUGAAAAAUCAACAAGACAAAAAGCUUUGCUGCUAAUUCUUUGUAAAACUGCUCUGCUUCUGUUCAGACUUCCGAGUUGCACUGUAGCAUGACUUUACUCAGUUGUUGUAAAAUGAUUUGUGUUCCAGUAUUCCCACUGUAAAGAAAGUCCCUUCCCUGUAUUAUCUGUGUAUGAAGUAAUAAUAUAAAAAUUCUUUUUACUUAAUAAAACAUUAAAGAAACAUCA